AGAGUAUUGCCAACUAUGCCUUCGAGAUUGUGACUAUGGUCAACAAAGACCAUUUCAACGCAGUCGUGUUCCAUGGAUCAUUUGCCGAUUUGACAGUUUGUAUUGCGGACUUUUGCAAAGUUAGCAAGUUUCAGAGGAUCAGCCUCGUGGCCACAGCUAUGCUUCGAGAUCUUGUCCCCCAGAUGUUGAAAUGCCCUCAAUGUGGUUUCGACAAUCCGCCACCAAGGCAAGAAAACAUCCUGAAGGCCGAUGACCCCAUGAUCCGGUUUUGGUUCCCGAUGCUGUUCAGCUUUAUUGACAUUAUUCUCAAUGGAGAGGAUUUAGAA